CGAGAAUUUUUUUUUUAUUUUUUUUGUUCAAAGCCUCAGCCCACAUCGUCUUUGCAGCAAAAUAGCAUUUGACACACUUUCACUUGUACACGGCUUUCUUUUCGGGCUUCCACUAUUUCUAGCGAACUUGGACUUCUCUAAUAUACCAUUCACCCUUUUUCGGCAUUUCACUUCCUAAACCGCUACCAAAACAAUGUCCCGAAGAGCGGGCAUUGACUCUCAAACAGACCGAGUUCAGCAAUGGAGAUUACAAUCGAGCGAUGAUAUUAUCGAAGAGGAUGAAUUUGAUUUUGAAGACGACGACGACGAUGAUGAUGAGGACGAUCGCAUCGUGGAACUAGACGACGAUUUACGGUCAAGCAUGACUUCCUCGCCUAGCAUUCCGGAUUCAGAUAUUGACUUUGACCUUGUCUAUGCUCUACAUACUUUUGUGGCUACAGUUGAUGGACAGGCAUCUGUCGUGAAAGGAGAUGCUUUGACUCUUCUGGAUGAUUCCAAUUCGUACUGGUGGUUAGUCAAAGUUCUUAAAACUGGAGAAAUCGGCUACAUACCCGCGGAAAACAUAGAGACGCCAUUUGAACGAUUGGCCAGGCUCAAUAAGCACCGAAAUGUUGAGUUAACUUCGCUCCAGGCAAAUAUGCAUAUCAUUAACGAUAUUCCGCCAAGAAAUACGCGAGGAAAGUCUGUGACUAUGUCCAAGGGUAUAGCAUACCAGUCACAUAUUAUCAUUGUUGGAAAGGAUGCAGACGAUAUCGACGAAGAAGAAUUCCAAGUUUGGGUUGAAGAGAUGGAAAACGACGCUGAUAGUGAUACCGAUGAACGCAGGUCCGUUCUAGCUGAGCCAACGAGAGGAGAUAGCACUCCUGUAUUUGAAAAACGUACAGAAUUAAGGCGUCAUCUACUUGACUCAUCCCAUGGUAUACUGGACAAGAGUGUAGAUGAUGCUGCAUCCUUGCGAAAUCAAGAGCACAAGUCUUCUGACUUGGUCUUAAAUGAUCAACAGCGAUCAACUGGGGGUUACGUAAAUACAAAGAUUACCCCAAUCAAACUGGCACAACUACCUUCAAAUGUCGACAUACCAUCUACCAUUCUACAGACGGCAGAAAAGAAAAACGGCCUGAAGCGACUCUUCUCAUUAGGAAAGAAACCCAAAGCUGAACUUCCAUUGAGACGAAGUGCAACCAUCUCGAUUCGGGACGAUGAUUUGGAAACUAACUGGUCGACUUCAGUAUCUUCCUCAAUUGACGAAUUGCAGCAGGAUGAUACGUCUAUAAGCUCAUCUAGGCAAACUAGCCUUGUUUCAGAGAAUAGUACGCAAGUUACAGUCUUGCGUGUGUUUGCUGGUAAUGUAAAUCUAGGCACCAACUACAAGACCGUGGUUGUUGAUUCAAACACGAAUGCCGAAGACUUGAUAAAGCGUGCAGUAUCACGGUUUCAUAUUCAGCAAAUUGAAGGAAAUAGUGUGGACUCGCCCAAUAGCCGCGUAGAGUAUUACCUUAGUGUAAAAACCAUGGAUGGAGACGAACUCACUCUCACGUCACAAGACAAACCAUUAUCUAUAUUCCAAUCUUUGACCGCCCAUCUCACUACACCAUUACCAUCUUUAACGCAUGUAAAGCAGCUCCGCGAAAAAGCUUCAACUGUUGAAGUCACUAGACUUGGAGUGUCUCGAGCUCAGAACAAAGUGAAAGGCAAUUUUGGAGAAGACUCAGUCAUACGCUUCUAUCUGCACAAACGAAUCAAGCGAGUACAUGAACGCGAGGGCCAGGUGUACAUCAAAAUAUCUGUUUACGCUGAUGAUGAAAACAAUUCAACUCCACAAAAUAAGAAGUCCUCCAACAGGUCCUCCAUAAUGAAGAGCAAAAAGAAAACUUCGGAUCAUUCGAGCGGCAAAUAUCGUGAGCGUAUUGACAAGCUAAUCGCCAUUGGUUCAAACGCUACAGUGGCGGAAGUGACUCUCAUUGCGCUGGAAAAGUUUCACAUACUAAAUGGAGUCGUAGAUGGCGUUGAGGACGAUGAAGAUGAUCGAGCACUCAUCACGAGCUUCAGCAAAGACCUUGAUCACUAUCGUCUAAUGGUUGUAAGACGUUCUCAUGAAACACUUCUAAACCCUACGGAUUUAGUAGUAGAUGUAUUGGAGAUACAGUCAGUGACGAACCAAGUAAAAGGAUCUUCCGAUACAUCCGAUCUUCGAUUUGUUUUGAAGAAAACCGGAAAGGUUGGAUCUCGCCAUUCCAAGCCUUCUCAUCGACCAUCUGGACGUAUCGCGCCAGCACCAAUAUCACCACAAUCACCUGUAAAAGACAUGCAUUCUCCUAUCAACCUAUCCAACCGUCGUCUCUCCAUCAACAAUGAUGGAACCACAGCCAUUUUACAUAACCAGCCAGAAAUUGGAGAAACAGAUUUUAACGACCACACCAAACACGUUAUGAGCAAGCUGGACGUUGCUCUCACGAAUCUUGAAAGAGAUCGAUUGGAAACUGCCUCUGGAAGGCUAAAGAAUAGCCAGCUACUACGAAAUCCAACGUUCCCCAUCUAUCAAAAGCAGCAACGGCGGCCUCUAUCAAGCACUGGCAGCGACCCCAAAAUGCUGUCUGAUUCACCUCCCGGAUUGUACAACGAUGGCAGCGUCGAAGAGCUGCUGAAAAAACCACAACCAAUAGCGAAACUCACCAAAAUUUCAGAUUCCACACCUUCACUAUCAUUUAGCCCCUCACCUCUUUCACUAAGUUCAUCUCCUAUAUCUGAAAGCUCGUUGUCGGAUAUCUUUGACUUGCAAGAAAUGAUGUUUCUUGUCAACAAUGGCAUCAGCUAUCUGGAAUCAAAAGAACAAACUCAGUGGGAUGAAACUCCAUCGAACAUGCAAAGAGAAACCGGAUCCAACAAUAAGCAUAUAUCGCACCCCAUUACCGAAUUAUCCCAAACUAACCAGUCCAAAGAAUCUUUAACUGGACCUCAAUAUUCCAAACUUGAUGAGUUAGAAAAGGUAAGGAAGAUUGCCACUCUCUCAGACGACUCCAUGGCACUCGUUAACCAUGCCUUUCUUUUUAAACAAAAGGAAUUAAAAAAGAUGUCGGCUGCUCGAGUCUUUUAAAUCUAUGAUACCUAACUACAAUCUAUGAUUUUGUAAAGUACAAUAUACGUUUCCUGUCCCAUUCACUUUAUAUUUCUUCCUUUUUGUAAAGCACAUCAUCUGAAGACUAUUCCUUCAAGAUUUUCCCCCACCCCAUGAACGAAUGUAUAUUUUAUUCCACCAAUAGAUACUUACUUUAU